CCCACUGGCAGUUUUACCGAGGGAAUCUGUCAGAUUGUCAGUGGAUCGGUUUUUAGUGUUGUCCCAACAUUUCCUGGGCAGAAAGUCAUCAAGAAUAUCAGCUAGAAUCAAUCUUAUAACAAUUCUUGAGAUCAGAAUUAAUACUUGGAUCGAAGGAAAUCGAUUAGUUCCAUUGUUGUUUUACGAGAACUCCAGAAAUUCCAGCGGGCGUUCCAUCACUUGUUUGAGGGAUUCUGAUAAAAUGAUAAAAAAAAUUUGCUGCAUUGGUGCGGGCUACGUCGGGGGUCCUACAUGCAGUGUCAUUGCCCUAAAAUGUCCAGACAUUUGUGUAACAGUUGUGGACAAGAGUAGAGAUAGAAUAGCCCAGUGGAAUUCUGAUAAACUUCCAAUCUACGAGCCAGGUCUCGACGAAGUUGUUUCUCAAUGCCGUGGAAAAAAUUUAUUUUUCUCAACGGACAUCGAAACCGCUAUUCAAGAGGCGGAUCUCAUCUUCAUCUCGGUUAAUACACCGACUAAAACAUUCGGAAAUGGCAAGGGACGUGCUGCGGAUCUCAAAUACGUCGAGAGCGCAGCGAGAAUGAUUGCCGAGAUUGCGACAAAUGAUAAAAUUGUUGUUGAGAAGAGCACUGUACCAGUCCGAGCUGCUGAGAGCAUCAUGAAUAUUCUCAGGGCUAACAAUAAGCCUGGAGUAUCUUAUCAGAUUCUCUCGAAUCCUGAAUUCCUAGCGGAGGGGACCGCCGUGCAGGACCUGUUGUGCGCAGAUCGGAUCCUGAUCGGUGGAGAGGACACCCUGGAGGGCCAGGCAGCCAUCGAGGAGCUCUGCAGAGUGUACGAGCACUGGAUCCCCCGGGAGAAUAUUAUAACAACCAACACGUGGAGUUCUGAGCUGUCAAAACUAGCUGCCAAUGCAUUUUUAGCUCAGAGAAUAUCCAGCAUUAAUGCUUUAUCAGCAAUUUGCGAGAAAACUGGAGCUGAUGUGUCUGAGGUGGCGAGAGCUGUUGGACUCGACUCGAGAAUUGGCUCGAAAUUUUUGCAGGCCUCUGUCGGUUUCGGGGGCUCGUGCUUCCAGAAGGAUCUACUCAAUCUCGUGUAUCUCUGCGAGUGCCUCAAACUCCCGGAGGUGGGAAGAUAUUGGCAGGGGGUAAUUGACAUGAACGAGUACCAGAAGUCACGAUUUUCUGCUCAAGUUAUUUCGUCACUCUUCAAUACUGUUACUGACAAACAUAUUUCACUCCUCGGUUUUGCUUUCAAGAAGAACACUGGAGAUACUAGAGAAUCACCUGCCAUUCAUGUAGCUCAAACUUUGUUGGAUGAAGGGGCUAUUCUUCAUAUUUAUGAUCCCAAAGUGGAAGAAGCUCAAAUAAUGGAGGACUUAUCGCCACUCGGAUUGUCAGAUUUGAAAACCAGGAUAAAUAUUUAUCAUGAUGCUUACACAGCAACUAGAAACACCCACGCAAUUGUGGUGUGCACCGAGUGGGACGAAUUUAUGGAAUUGGACUACAAGAAAAUAUUCUCCGAGAUGACGAAACCCGCGUACAUUUUCGACGGAAGAAAAAUCCUGGACCAUGACAAUCUCCAGAGAAUAGGCUUCAAUGUCCAGACAAUAGGAAAAAAACUGACAAGAGCUGCGAUUUCGCGGGUGUGGGGCAGUCAAACUCAAGUCUAAAGUAUUUGUCGCGACACAUUUCCCCACUGAUGUGUCAAUUUGAAAGAAGUAUUUCCCUAUAGGAACUCUCAAUCAUGUUUAUUUAGAGUAUAUAAUGAUUCUACGUACCAAUCCUCAAUUUUUUAUGCAUUUUUGACGCUUAAUACAGUAUACUAUGAUUCUAUUAUUCAUCGAGGCAUUUAUAAAGUUUUAUUGACAAGAAUUGUACAAAUUUAUGAGAUUAUAGCACAGACUUACAAAAAAUA